AUGACGGACAAGGGAAAAGGACCUGCGAUAGAGGAGGGUCGGUCGAUUGAGGCGUUGUGGGCAAACCAGGAGAAUGCCAAUCGCCGGAUAGAAGAAAUCGCCGCCGAUGUGCAGCGACUCGCGAUUGAUAUACGCAGGGAGUUUAAUCUCCUGCCUACUAGGCCUGUGAACCAAGAUCAUCUCCGUGAGGAGGCCCGAGCAAAUCGGCAGAUACCACGGAGGAGAAGAGGCGGUGAACACUUUGGAAGACGGCAUCAGUUCAACCGAAUGGAACCUUCUGACUCAGAGGAAGAACCCAUUCUGGCGCGGGAUUUGAAUCCACCAUACUCUAGCGACGGGGAGGUGGAUGAUUUCGAAGUCGCAGAUCCACCACAAAAUAGGCGAGAACCACAAAACCGACAGCAAUUUGGGGAGUUCAAGGUGAAAAUGGACAUUCCAUUUUUUGAUGGUCAUUUGCAUAUUGAGGAUUUCCUUGACUGGGAGAAAGCAGUGGAAAACUUCUUUGAUUACAUGGAUAUCGAUCCUGAUAAGAAGGUUAAAUAUGUAGCUUGUCGGUUGAAGGCAGGGGCGAGCGCAUGGUGGGAACAAACACUGCAAUCACGCCACCGAGAGGGCCGUGAUCGGAUUCGUUCUUGGCCGCGGAUGAAGCAACUGAUGCGGGCACAGUUCCUUCCCAUCGAUUUUGAGCAAAUCUUAUAUAUGAGGUACCAGCAUUGUGCUCAAGGUACCAGGACCGUGAGUGAAUGCACGGAAGAAUUCCAAAGGUUGAGUGCCAGGAACAAUCUAUAUGAGUCAGCCACGCAGUUGGUAGCUCGGUAUGUCGGAGGCCUCAAGGAUACUAUACAGGAUCAAUUGGAAUUGAAUUCCGUUUGGUCGAUGCCGCAAGCCAUCAAUCUGGCCCUGAAGAUUGAGGUACAACAAGAUCGCAAGCCCAAGACACCGUAUUAUCGACGACAUUGGCAAGAGCCGAAUUCCACUGCUAAUAAAGCGCCUUCACCAUCAGUCGAGAGAUCUCCUGCGUCCACAGCAAUAAAAACAACUCAGCCCAAUCCCUCAGGUGUACCAACCGAAGGAAAAGCCAUACAGAAGCCAAAAGGAGCCAGCCCAACUAAUCCGUAUGCUAAGCCCUCUAACCUUAAGUGCUUUCGUUGUUUCCAGCCCGGGCACAAGUCCAACGAGUGCCCACAACGCCGACAAGUGCAUAUGGUCGAACUGGAGGGGGAAACGGACUCAGAUCAUUCAGCCUCUGAAGUGGUAGAGGAAGUCGUUGAUGUUCAAGCAGAUGAGGGCGAUCCUUUUAUUGGAGUCAUGGGAAAAUUAUUGCUGGCCCCCCGCCACAGUGGCCGAUCUCAACGCCACGCCAUCUUUAAGACCAGGUGUACUAUCAAUGACAAGGUGUGCGACUUACUCAUAGAUAGCGGCUGCAUCGAGAACAUUGUAUCCAAGACAGUCGUCCAAGGGUUACAAUUAAAGACGACCAAGUUCUUACACCCCUACAAGAUCAGUUGGGUAAAGAAAGGGAUGGACAUAGCAGUCACCGAUUCUUGUCGCGUGACAUUUUCCAUUGGGAAGAAUUACUCCUGCGAAGUCCUAUGUGACGUCCUAGAGAUGGACGUAUGUCACUUAAUUCUGGGAAGGCCUUGGCAGUUCGAUGUGUGUGUUCAAUAUGAUGUCAGAGCAAAUGUCUAUUCCCUCGAUUGGAAAGGAAGGAAGUUGCGACUACUACCGGGGCUGACCGAAACACAAUCUGGGAACAAGGCCGCUAUCCACUUCGUCUCGGGUCGCAGUUUAAUUCAAGAGUGGCGAGACCAGGCGCCCAUGUUCGCUUUACUCGUCACCGAACCGAACAAUCAAUUGCAACAGCUUAAUGUCACGGCAGAUAUUGCAGAAUUUCUGAAGAGUUAUCAAGAUGUGACGCCGGAUGUUUUGCCCGCCGAACUGCCCCCAUUAAGGAGUAUACAGCAUCAAAUUGAUCUAAUUCCGAGCACCACACUACCCAAUCUCCCUCAUUACCGCCUAAAUCCCAGAGAACAAACCAUCCUGCAAGAGUUGGUUGACGAGUUUCUUACAAAGCAACUAAUACAAGUGAGCCGCAACCCUUGUGCAGUUCCGGCGUUGCUCUUGCCGAAGAAGGAUGGUAGUUGGAGAAUGUGUGUUGACAGCCGCGCCAUCAACAAAAUCACGAUUAAGUACCGCUUCCCCAUGCCACGGGUUGAUGAGCUAUUAGACCAACUGACCGGAUCAACAAUCUUUUCCAAAAUCGACCUACGCAGCGGAUACCACCAUGUUCGGCUUUGA